CAAUCGCCUCCGGUCCUCGGAGCAGCGUCUCUGCUGCAGUCUCAGCCCCGAAGAGGGACUGGCUCGGCCCGGACCGGGGCGAUGCAACAGCGAAGGCAGGCUCUGGACUUUGCGCUAGGCGGCGCGGCGGCGGCCGGGGCUUGUGUGCUGACCAACCCGCUGGAGGUGGUGAAGACUCGGAUGCAGCUGCAGGGUGAGCUCCGUGCCCGUGGCUCCUAUCCCCGGCUCUACCGCAACGCCUUCCACGCCCUGGUGCUGAUCGGCCGGGAGGACGGGCUGCUCGGGCUGCAGAAGGGGCUGGGGGCCGCCAUCCUCUACCAGGCGCUGAUGAACGGGGUCCGGCUCGGUGCCUACUCCCAGCUGGAGGCGCUGGGCUUUACCCGGGAGCAGGGCGGCAGAGUGAGCGCCAGCUGCAGUAUCGCGGCGGGGGCAGCUGCCGGAGCUAUGGGCGCUGUGGUGGGCAGCCCUGCCUAUCUGGUAAAGACUCACCUUCAGGCCCAGUCAGCAGCUGUCAUUGCAGUGGGACACCAGCAUAAUCAUCAGGGAGUCACGACUGCCUUCUUGACAAUUUACAGACAACAAGGAAUUCUGGGCCUGUGGCGAGGGGUCAGUGCUGCUGUGCCAAGGGUGAUGGUUGGAUCUGCAGCACAGCUUGCCACAUUUGACUCUGCUAAGCAAUUAGUCAAGGAUCAGCAGUGGUUUAGCAAUGAUAGCUGGAUGGUCGGUUUGGCAGGAGGAAUGAUGAGCAGCAUUGCCGUGGUGAUCACUAUGACUCCUUUUGACGUCAUCAGUACGAGACUCUACAACCAACCAGUCGAUGAGGUUGGCAAGGGUAGGCUUUACGGAGGAUUCUGGGAUUGCUUGCUGAAGGUCUCAUGUAAGGAGGGAGCCCUGGGCCUAUACAAGGGAAUUGGACCUGCCUACUUUCGCUUGGGCCCACACACUGUUUUCAGUCUGCUGUUCUGGGACGAGCUCAAGAAACUAGCCUAUCCUGACUACCGUGAGAAAAUCUGAGGCAACCGCUACAGAUACUGAGUGUCUAUGUCAUGGGGCGAAGCCUCCAGUAGGAACAAGGGGAGUGAAUGGUCUCCAUCAACGUUGAGCCAGACAGGCAAACCUGUCUGUUGAGUUUCCAGGGGUGACCAAGAAGAGAGUGUUUCCAUCCACAGGUCAGGGAGAAAAUCCGUUUUUCCUCAAACUACACUGGAACCAUCUGAGUAAAAUUCCACUCCUUCCUACUGAUACUUUUCUCACUUCAUCUGCCUCAGCAACAAUUUGAUGGAAUGAGUGAUUGCUACAGAACUCCGACAGGGGCCCAAGCCUGGCCACUGUUCUCAUCCUGUGGUAAUGAAGAAGCGACACCAAUGGCAAUGGUGGGCCAUAUGGAAGAAUAUUAUCAUGUGGAUAGACUGGUCCAUAUACUGGUCUUGGAGCAACAUCAGAAACAAAACAGGGACUAAAUUAUAAACCAUCACCUUGCGUUUAUCUGUUGAUCAGUCCCAGCACAUUCAGGUCCAUUUUGAAGCCUUGCUCUGGCCACUUAAUUCCUUCACCCUCGCUGCUUGGUCCAGAUUCCUGUUUCUCCCACUGUGCAGCCUCACAUUACUAAUUUUAUAAUUCCAAUGUAAAAUGAACACAAUAAUUGUUGUAUUUUCUCUUUUCCGUGACUCCUUUGAAUACAAAGCCCACUUUGCAGCUUCCCACUGCCUUCCAGCUCUCUGCUGAACAGCCUACCUUUAUAAAAACCUUUCCAUUUGUUUGUGCCCACCAAUUUGAGGGAUGUUGGUGUAGUGUGGUACACUUUCUAAAUUAAACACCCAGUGUUCACAUCAAGCACACAUCAAGCACUCCUGGGUCUGAUCUUUCUGCACUGUCUCAUCAAACAUUGCCAGUGAUCAAAAGCACAUACUAGGUGUAGAUUAAAAAUCUAAAUAAAAUAUUAAGUACACCGGUUAAAACGAGUAAAGUUCCUCUACACAUCCUGAAAAUGUGUCUCAGUUUCAUAUUCAGAAGAAUACUAAGGUGAUAUUUUAAUAUUUUGUACAUUUUCUAACUGUUGCUGCUUUUAAUGGGAUUGCCAAGUCAGUGCUCAAACUCACCAAGAACUCGUUCACUCGAACUGGUUCACUCGCCGAGCUGGUUCGUUGUUCUGCAGACGUUUCAUUACUCUGCUGAGUAACAUCAUCAGUGCAGCCUC